AUGUAUGUAUUCUCUAUGCCAUUAAGAUCAUCAAUUUCUAUUUAUGGUAUCAUUAAAAAUAUCUUUGGCUUCCAAAUCAUUAUUGGAGUCUCAGCCAACACCCCCCUCCUCCUCUUCUACACCUUCAGAUUCCUUCUGAGAUGUAGGCAGAAGCCCACCAACCUGACCACCAGUUAUUUGGCCCUCGUGCACAUACUAAUGUUUCUCACAGUGCUGUACUUGUUGUAUCCAGACCUCUUUGAGUUACUGAAUAUUUGGAAUGACUUCAAAUGUAAGGCAUUUUUCUACAUGAGCAAGGUCAUGAGGAGCCUCUCUAUCCUCAUCACCUGCCUCCUGAGCUUGCUCCAGGCUGUCACCAUCAGCCCUAGCACUUCCUGGCUGCUGAAGUUUAAAUAUAGAUCCACAAACAGUAACCUCAUCUUCUACACUGUCGCUUCGUCCAAUGUGAUCCAGUCCAAUCUACUGCAAAUCAGCAAGUUCUGCUUUCUGGACCCCAUCAAAUCCAUCAUCAACUACACACAUGGUGAUUCUCUUGUUCGCAUCAGAGGCAUUCCCAGCUCCUUCACAGCACCAGCUUCUCCCAGAGUUUCCCCAGAGAAAAGGGCCACCCAGACCAACCUGCUGCUAGUGACUUUCUUUAUGGUCAUACACUGGGUGGACCUCAUCAUAUCAUCGUCCUCUGUCCUGCACAACCAGAUGCUUGUGAGCAAUGCCUAUGCCACCGUCAGUCCUUCAGUGCUAAUCAGUUCUGAUAAAAGGAUAAUCAAUAUCUUGCAAUAUGUCAACUUAAAGUGCCAUCAAUUCUUAAGAAGAUAG